GACCGGCAUGAUGGAGUGCCCAGCCACAGUUCCAGGCUGUCCCAGCUGGGAUCCGUCUCCCAGGGACCCUACUCCAGCGCUCCUCCGCUCUCUCACACCCCAUCCUCGGAUUUCCAGCCGCCUUAUUUCCCACCCCCCUACCAGCCUCUUCCUUACCACCAAAGCCAGGACCCUUACUCCCAUGUCAAUGACCCCUACUCCCUAAACCCCUUGCAUCAACCCCAGCAACACCCCUGGGGACAGAGGCAGAGGCAAGAGGUGGGAUCAGAAACCGGGUCACUGCUGCCACAGCCUCGGGCCGCCCUGCCCCAGCUCUCGGGACUGGACCCCAGGCGGGACUACCACUCAGUAAGGAGGCCAGAUGUCCUUCUGCAUUCAGCUCACCAUGGCCUUGACUCCGGCAUGGGGGACAGCCUUUCUCUGCAUGGCAUCGGACACCCAGGGAUGGAGGAGGUCCAGUCAGUUGAAGAUGCCAAUAACAGCGGUAUGAACUUAUUGGACCAGUCUGUCAUUAAAAAAGUUCCGGUUCCUCCAAAAUCUGUGACUUCUUUGAUGAUGAAUAAAGAUGGCUUCCUGGGUGGAAUUUCAGUCAAUACCGGAGAGGUGUUUUGCUCUGUACCUGGCCGCUUGUCUUUGCUUAGUUCAACUUCAAAGUAUAAAGUAACUGUGGGAGAAGUUCAAAGACGUCUUUCUCCUCCAGAGUGUCUGAAUGCGUCCCUCCUAGGAGGAGUACUUAGAAGAGCCAAAUCGAAAAACGGGGGGAGAUCUUUGCGAGAAAGGCUAGAAAAAAUCGGUUUGAAUUUACCAGCCGGCAGGCGUAAGGCCGCAAAUGUCACUUUACUCACCUCCCUGGUGGAAGGUGAGGCCGUUCAUUUAGCUCGGGAUUUCGGGUACAUCUGCGAAACGGAGUUCCCAGCCAAAGCUGUUUCGGAGUACCUGAACAGACAGCACACGGACCCCAGCGACCUCCAUUCCAGGAAAAACAUGCUGCUUGCUACAAAGCAACUUUGUAAAGAAUUUACAGAUCUCUUGGCCCAGGACAGGACACCCAUUGGAAACAGUCGGCCCACUCCUAUUUUGGAACCCGGUAUUCAGAGCUGCUUGACUCACUUCAGCCUCAUCACUCAUGGCUUUGGGGCCCCUGCUAUCUGCGCUGCCCUCACGGCCCUUCAAAACUACCUGACUGAAGCUCUCAAAGGCAUGGACAAGAUGUUCUUGAACAACAACACUGCUAACAGGCACACAUCUGGCGAAGGACCAGGUAGUAAAACUGGAGACAAGGAAGAGAAACACAGAAAAUGA